AUCCAACCCACAAAGAAGUAAAUAGCCACCACUGAUAGCUAACUCACCUGAAACACACAAACAUGAGCGAGGACAGCAAAACGGUGGGUUUCGGCAUCUUAGGCUGCGCCAACAUCGCUAGGAAAGUGGCUCGAGCCAUAGGGCUCGCGCCGAACGCCACUCUCUGCGCCAUCUCGAGCCGUUCCAAAGAGAAGGCCGAUAAAUUCGCCGCCGAAAACGGAAUUCCUGAAAGCGUAAAGGUUUACGGGAGCUACGAUCAGGUGUUGGAGGACCCAUCUGUGGAUGCGGUGUACAUUCCACUCCCCACUAGUCUGCACGUGCGGUGGGUGGUUAUGGCUGCCACUAAAAAGAAGCACGUGCUGGUGGAGAAGCCAGUGGCUCUUGACGUGGCGGAACUCGAUCUAAUCCUUGAAGCGUGCGAAUCCAACGGUGUCCAGUUCAUGGAUGGUACUAUGUGGUUGCAUCACCCUAGAACUGCCCACAUCCAAGAGUUGCUCUCUCUUUCUCAUUCUACUAAGAAUAUUGGGCCUAUUGAUUUUAUUCAUAGUACAUCAACAAUGGGAGUAACACCUGAAUUCCUAGAGAGUGACGUUAGAGUAAAGGCAGAGUUGGAUGGUCUUGGUGCACUUGGUGACUUGGGGUGGUACUGUAUCAGUGCUUCCUUGUGGGCAAAGGGUUACCAACUGCCAACAACUGUCACUGCUCUUCCUAAUGUCAUAAGAAACAAUGUUGGAGUCAUAUUGUCCAUCACUGCUUCUUUGCAAUGGGACCAACCAAACCAAACAGUUGCAACCAUUCAUUGUUCAUUUCUUUCUCACACUUCCAUGGACUUGACCAUAUGUGGUUCCAAUGGAACUCUUCAUGUCAAGGACAUCACAAUCCCAUACAAGGAGACUAGUGCUUCUUUUGACUUCACUUUUGGUGCAAAGUUUGUUGAUCUUCACAUUGGGUGGAAUGUGAGACCAGAGGAAGUUCAUGUGGCUACAAAGCUCCCUCAAGAGGCUUUGAUGGUUCAAGAGUUUGCUAAGCUUGUUGAGACUGUUAGAGAUUGCGGAUCUCGCCCCUCUACCAAAUGGCCUGAAAUUAGUAGAAAGACUCAAUUGGUUGUUGAUGCUGUGAAGAAGUCCCUCGAGCUUGGCUUCAAACCUGUUUGCUUGUAAAUAGUUGCAAAUAAUGACAUUCAUUAAAUGUCUCCUUAAUCCAAUGCGAUGCAAUCAGAUGCACUCUAUAAUAACUUCUGGAUGUAGCUGGACACUAUUGGAAAAACAUAAAUUUACAAAUUUGAUGUUGGUGUUAGUUUUUGAUUUAAAUUUCACAAAUUUGAUGAUUGAAUAUGAUGGCCCGUUUGCUUCUUUUUACUUGAACUUCAUCAAUAUAAAGGCAAUGGAAAUUAACGAUG